AUGUCGUCGGAAACUAUGCCGGCAGCUACGUCGACUCUAUUUGGAUCUGAUACAUCCUCAACUACCGCUCCAUUUGGAUCAUUUGCAUCUGGUGCACCAUUGGGGACUUCAUCAGCAUCUACAUCUUCUGGAUUUACAUUUGGUUCGCCUUCGACUACUACAUCUGGAUCGUUUGGAAUGUCAUCGAAAACUAUACCGGCAGCUACGUCGACUCUAUUUGGAUCUGGCACAUCCUCAAAUACGGCAUUCGGUACUGCUCCAUUUGCAUUUGCUACUUCUACAGAAUCUUUCGGUGCAAAUGGUGCCGCAAUGGGCACUGAGAAAGAGGCGAAUAUAAACUAUGAUGUAGCUGAAAAUGUAGCCGUAAAUGAAGACCAAGCCGAACGUAUCUAUCAAAAAUGGCAACAUCGCAAAAAAUAA